AUGGCUCCUCGUCCUCGUGGGAGUGCUCCUACCCGAUCUAGCGCCCGUAUAAGAGCUGCGAACCCUCAGGCACCUCGUCCUGCUGCUCCAGUUUUUAGAUUGAAGUCGGAUCUCCAAACUCAGCGCGAUGUGAUUAACAAACGUAUCAGUAAGCUAUGGCUUCCUGGCCGAGCUCAACGUCGAAGCAGAGGGAUACAUAACCCCGGCAAUUACUGCUACAUGAAUUCGGCGUUACAAGCUUUCAUGCACCUACCAAGCUUCCUGAAUUGGAUCUUGACUCACAGAUCCGCUGGGAACAAGAAAGCCGAGGUGUUUCGACGUAAUUGCAACAACCCAUUGGACUGUGGAGGCUGUGCACUAAAAUCCCUGGUCCUACGAUACUGGUCAGAAGACGGGAGUCCGCGGGCACUCUCUUUUCCGCGCACCUUUGAGGCAAUUGCGGUCAACAGUGGGCUGUUCGAACAAUAUCAGCAAGAUGAUUCGUUCGACUUUUACGAACUCAUGCUAUCACGGCUUGAGACUGCCACUAACGAUCAGGUGUGGCGAAAUGAGUUCAACACUCUGUUCUCUAUAGACACCUCCACCAAUGUCAUUUGCGAUAUUUGUCAUCAAGAACGAUUCCAGACAACACAUCGCGAGCAGGGAAUGAUCUUGCUAGUCCACAAUCUUGAAUUGACCUGGGACGAUAUCCUUGACACCUAUUUCCAAGACGCAAUCGGACCCUUGAAAUGUCCGACUUGCGAUGGCCAGACCAGUCAGGUCACCAGAACGAAGAUCGUGGCAGCGCCUCAAAUCCUCAAGAUCAAGCUUAACAUGUUCGUCAUGGUGCCAGAGUCAGGAUCAUAUGAGAUGGUCAAACAGCAACACAGGAUUCAAUACCCUGACGUCCUGGACCUUCAGGCCCGUCAACUACACGAUCACUUCCCGCUUCGAUAUCGACUCUCCAGUGUCAUAUCCCAUGAAGGGUCAGGGACUGGCUCUGGCCACUAUAUUGCGAGUGCCCGUGGCCCUCUUGACGACAGAGAUAUUCGCUGCAUUUCCGAUGCUGGCACCGAGCCAUUUACGCUGGCGCAACUGUUGCAAAGCCCGCAGCAGCCCAGAUUUGUGUCCCGUGGGGCGAAGGAGGCGUACAUCUUGACAUAUAUCAGACAAGAUGUACCACUGACGCGCAAACAGCGUGAAGCCCAGGCCCUCGUGUCGGAGAUGGUGUAA